CUGGGAGGAGGCUCAGCUCAGACAGAGACAGCACAGCAGAGCUGACCCUCUCUAGCCGCCUGCUUGGGAGCCUGUGUGGAGCUGAAGCUCUUCUCUACAGAGGACAGAGCAGGCAGCACAGACCAUGGCACCCCGCACAGCCACUUCCCACAGAGGAUUUGUUCCCUGGCAGGGGCUCCUACUUACAGUCUCUCUUUUGACCUUCUGGAGCCCACUCCACAAUGCCCAAAUGACUAUUAAAUCGGUGCCUUUUGAUGCUGUUGAAGGGGCAGAUGUUCUUCUACUUGUCCACAAUUUGCCAGAGAACAUUAUAGGUUAUAGGUGGUACAAAAGGGAAAAGGUUGAUUCCAACAGUCACAUUGCAGCAUAUUUGGUAUCCACUAAUGUCACUAGACCAGGGCCUGCAUACAGUCAUCGAGAGACUAUAUAUCCCAAUGGCUCCCUGCUGAUCCAGAAGGUCACCCAACAGGACACAGGAUUCUACACCCUACAAGCCAUAAAGUCUACUUUGCAGAAUGAAGAAGCAUCUGGACAGUUCCAUGUACACCAGCUAGUGUCACCACCCUCCAUCUCUGCCAGCAACAUGACAGUUGCAGAAAAUGGUUCUGUGGUCUUGACCUGCCUCUCAGAUGACACUGGCAUCUCCUUCAAGUGGAUCUUCGAAAACCGGAGUCUGCAGCCCUCAGAGAGGAUGAAUCUCUCCCAGGACGGCAGCAUCCUCACCAUCGACCCUGUUAAGAGAGAAGAUGUUGGGGAGUAUCAGUGUGAGGCCUCCAACCCAGUCAGUUCCAGCAGGAGUGACCCCCUCAGGCUGGCCAUGAUCUCAGAAGGAAAGAUCCUGGGUGCCCCUGCAGGUGCCUUUGCUGGUAUAGUGUCUGGGGUGCUUGUGGUGGUAGCUCUUGCUGUUGCCCUGGGGUGUUUCCUGCUCCUCAAAAGGAUUAGAAGGCCCAGCAUGCAGCAUGACCUCGGAGAGCACUGGCAACCUGUGUCAACCUCCAGCCCCGAUUUUUGCAACAGUUUCACAAGCCAGGUCAACCUCCCUGAUUCCAAGGAAACCGUUCCUAUCUAUGAGGAAUUACUAAUCUCUGACAUGAAUGUUUACUGCGAGAUCAACCACAGAGGAGAUACAGCUUCAUAAUUUCCCACAGAAACUGCUUCUUAUGCCCAAGGGAGUGUCAACCUAGGAUGCCAGACUCUGACAUUCCAGACUCUUAGCGUGGCUAAGCCUGGCCAUUUGUGGCCCUCUUUGCUGGUUCCGUGCUCCAAUUUCCUGCUGCUCUUCCAACACUCCUACUGCCUCACUUAUCAAGAAAGUGCCUUGUGAUUGAUUAGGUGGGACCCACAUGGAUAAAACCAAGGAUCUCUUGAACUGAUAUUUAAUGAAACCUGUGAAGUGACCUUUACCAUGGCACCCAUACACAGAUUCUAUGGAGGACAGACAUGACACUGAAGAGAAUUUACUUUUCUCAAAGCCAUUUUGUCGUUUCUUUCAAAAAAUAUAAAUGCUGGCACCCGAAUUCAGUUGACCAGACUCUGUCAGUUCCUGCAGUGGCACCCACAAGCACUCUCAAGCUCUCAAGAGAAGAAGAUAGAGUGGAAGUGCACCAUGCUCAGCACCUGCCCUCCUUCUCCCUGGUGAUCCUUCUCAGCUGCUAGCACUGAGAGCUCACAACUCAGCAGCCCUUCAAUAGGUCGUGGUUGCUCAGCACUGUGGACAGCACAUCACAACCCCUGGUUCUUAGGUCCUGCAGCAGAGACUCAGAUGAGAAGAGGCUGCAAGAAAGGUUUUCACUUUAUUGCUUGAAAGAAAGGUGAAAAGCCCCUGAAAGGUGAGGACCUGGGCUACUCUGUCAGCUCCUCUAGCCAAGCCUCACUGCCACAUCUUCCUCAUUCCCAUCUUCUUCCGUGCACUCUUUGAAGCAGUUCUACUCCUACAUAUCCAGCCCUGUCAUUCCAGGGAUUUAUCUCCUGUGCAUCCAGGUCUUUGAAGGCCACAAACUCAAAACACUCGCAUCCCCAGAGUAAAGGCUACAUAUGUGCUCAUGAAUUCUCAUGUAUCUUGGAUGUGUGUACAUCUUUUGUACAUCCAUGUGAGCAGUAACACAGUUCCUCUGAGCCCUGUUGGAAACCACCAUGCCUGUGCUGGGUCACCUUCAUCACCCCUUCACACAGCCUCAGCCUCUGACAGCUGGCACUGAGCUCUCCAGAGUCCUUCAAGUUCUCACCACAUGAACCUGUGACUCUCUCCUCAACAGCUGCUUGUGUUCUGGACCUGGAGUUUUUCAAUUAUGGCCCUGGGGCAUCCAGCUCCAUGCAAAUUUUAAGACAAUGGCAGUCACUCAGCAUAAUAACAUCACUAAAUGUGUCUGAACAGAGUCUCAGGUGAGAAGCUAGUGUCUCUAUACAUCUGAAGCUUCAGUGUGCAGGAGCACCCUAUACGUCUUGUCCUUCCUUGGACAUCAGAGGACACCACAGGCUGCCUCAGACCAACAGCCUGUGUCCAGACCCCAGCCUUAGAUCCACACUGACCUUGUAUAGGGAAAUUCACUGCAGGAAUGAAGGCACAAGAAAACCACUAUGAAAGAAUUGUUCAGUCCUAUUUCUCACCAUUUCCCUGACAGGAAAACACACAGAACACACUUCGUUUCACCACCCAGUCCCCAGUCCAUCUUGGUCUGCUGCUCUCUCAGUAUAGCAGAGCUAGGAUGACCUUGUUGUUGUUUAUGAAAGCAGGUCCCAGCCUCUGUGUUCCUGCCUGAGACUCCCUCACCUCCCUGCUCCAGAGGCCCAAAUGGACCCAUUUCCUUACUUCCCUGUCAAACUUCACAGCUGCCUGCUCUUCUGUGACUUCCGUGGUGAGUGACAGACCAUCUGCUCACUGUCAGCCUGCAGUUUAUCACAGGUUCUUCAGUAGUCACCUGUACUCAGGUCAGGGACUUGUGGAACAAGAACUUCUGGAGGAACAAGCACAAUUUGUCCACGGAGGGAACUUCUUGGAGCAGCUCAGUGACUCUGGCUUCUGGUGUGGACAGAGGUAUGGCCAAAAGCACCUACAUCAAGAAGUGGCAGGUGGAUGACUAAAGGAAGAAGAAGGACAACAUGUGAGCAGAGCAAUGGAAACAUGGACCCACGCACUUUCUAAACAAAGAUUUACUACUCCAAAGGAAUGAGAAUGUUGGCAACAGACCUUCUCAUGGACUCCUCAUGGGUCUGCAUGGCAGCAGCCAUAGCAGUUUUUUCCUUGGCAGUGUAAAUGUGUACAGAUUUUGAUCAGUUUCCCUCUGUGAGCCUUACUAGGUUGGGAGCUGAGAGAAGGCAGGACUGUGCCUGCCCUGUCUCUGCCAUUGUCAGUAACCUGCCCACAGCCUGUGGAGUUGUUUCAUAUGUGUGUUUAGCGGACAGCUCCUGGAGACUUCUUCCACACCAGGUGGAAGAUAGGGACCUCCUUGUGGGAGGGCUUGAUGGAAAGUAGAAUGGGCCCUGAUCCAGCUGCAGCGUGGAGAGAAGCAUCACAUAUAUCAAGCAACUGAAUAAUGGUGGACUCAUAAAAAACCACAGUUAACCAUGUCGAGGUGCUCUCCAAAGCACCUCCAUGUCGAGGUGCUUUGAGAGAAUGUUUCUCCAAAUUAAUAUUGUUCAAUGCCAUUUGGGAUUCACAACAUCUGAGCAGGAAAAAAUAGGAAUCACUACUGAAAUAUUCAUAUCAAAUGUAUAUUCUGAUUAUAUAAGGGUGACCUGUCACCCUCAUGCAGAGAGGAUAAAUCUCUGGUGGCACAGGCCACUGACAUUGAAGCUGGUUGUUCAGUCUCAGCUCUACAUGUUCAUCCUGGGCAUGACUGCAGAAGAAGCACAGAUGGCAUAAGAACCUGUUUACUUGGGACAUUUUUAGGUAAACAGAUGCACCUUGAGACCAUAAUUUUAAGCGAAAUAAAUCAAAAACACAUGUUUAAAUAUCA